AUGACUCUGUGGAAUGGCGUGCUGCCUUUCUACCCCCAGCCCCGGCAUGCUGCCGGCUUCAGUGUCCCGCUGCUCAUCGUCAUUCUGGUGUUCUUGGCCUUGGCCGCCAGCUUCCUGCUCAUCUUGCCUGGGAUUCGUGGCCACUCGCGCUGGUUCUGGUUGGUGAGAGUUCUUCUCAGUCUGUUCAUAGGCGCAGAAACUGUGGCCCUGCACUUCAGCGCAGAGUGGUCGGUGGGUAGGGUGAGCACCAACACAUCCUACAAGGCCUUCAGCACAGCGCGCGUGCAAGCGCACAUCGGUUUGCAUGUGGGCCUGGAUGGAGUUAAUAUUACACUCACAGGGACCCCAGUGCAGCAGCUGAACGAGACCAUCGACUACAACGAGUUUUUCACCUGGCGUUUCGGCGAGAACUAUGCCGCGAAGUACGCGGAGGCACUGGAAAAGGGGUUGCCGGAUCCAGUUCUCUACUUGGCGGAGAAGUUCACCCCGAGCAGCCCCUGCGGGCUCCACCGCCAGUACCGCCUGGCGGGACACUACGCCAAGGCCACGCUGUGGAUGGCGUUCUGCCUCUGGAUCAUCUCCAACGCGCUGCUCUCCAUGCCGGUCCCGCUCUAUGGAGGCCUGGGUCUCCUGAUCACCGGCGCCUUCGAGCUCUUCUCUGUCUUCGCCUUCGCCACCAUCUCCACUGUGCCGCUCUGCCCGCUCCACCUCGGCUCCUCGGCGCUCACUACUCACUACGGUGCCGCCUUUUGGAUCACGCUGGCCACCGGCAUCCUGUGCCUCCUCCUCGGAGGGGCGGUGGUGAGUCUGCACUACGCUCGGCCCAGAGCUCUUCGCAUCUUCUUGGACCAAAGCGUCGAGCACUACGGUAGCCAGGCGAAAGGGAGCUCGCCUCUCGUCCUCAAAAACCCACUGCGUAAGCAAUUCGAGACCUCGGAUUUAACAAUCAGUACUAAUCUGUGAAGAGGAGUCAACCUUGGUCUCCUACCCCGCCUCGGUCCCCCUCAGGCCGGGAAGCAGUGCCCGCCGGGCGUGGGCCGGGGGAGCUGCGGGAAGGCACUGCGCUGCCGCCACCGAGGGGAAGGCGGACGGUCUCAGAUGUCCCUCCUGCACCUGGGAGUCUCCCAGGGUGAGCUGUAAAUAAAUUCUUUUUU